AUGGAAGUGGGGAAUAUGAGGUACACCAUCCUGAAAGUUCCUCGGAGGAAAACGCGGCGCUUCCCAACCGCCGAGAGCCGCUCGCGCUCCCCAAGAGGCCUCGCGCCAAAGGCCACGCCCCUCCCUCCUUUUCCUUUCGCCGCCGCGCAGAAGCCGCCGCCGCCGCCGAGCCGCUCCCGGAGCAGCCGGACGCCCCAGCAGCCGCGGCGCGGGGGGCUUCUGACCGAGAUCCGGACCCCGAUCCUCACCCAGCCUUUCCAGGAGCGCUACAGCCUGAGCCCCGGCCGGGAACUGGGCAGGGGGAAAUUUGCGGUGGUAAAGAAGUGCGUAAAGAAAGAGACAGAAAAAGAGUUUGCAGCAAAAUUCAUGAGAAAACGACGAAAGGGUCAAGAUUGCCGGAUGGAGAUAAUUCAUGAGAUAGCAGUUCUGGAAUUGGCACAACGCAACCAUUGGGUUAUUAGCUUGCAUGAAGUCUAUGAGACGCCAACAGAAAUUAUCCUGGUUUUGGAAUAUGCUGCUGGAGGGGAAAUCUUUGACCAGUGUGUAGCUGAGAGAGAAGAUGCCUUCAAAGAGAAAGAUGUUAAGCGUCUCAUGAAGCAGAUCUUGGAAGGGGUUUCUUUUUUGCACCAUAAUAAUGUAGUUCAUCUUGACUUGAAGCCCCAGAACAUUCUGCUUACCAGCAAUUCACCCUUGGGAGAUGUUAGGAUAGUUGACUUUGGUCUCUCCAGAGUAAUGAACAACAGUGAAGAACUAAGAGAAAUUAUGGGGACACCUGAAUAUGUGGCUCCAGAAGUCCUGAGCUAUGACCCAAUUAGCACUGCCACAGACAUGUGGAGCAUUGGAGUACUAGCCUAUGUCAUGCUAACAGGAGUCUCUCCUUUCUUGGGAAAUAAUAAACAGGAGACAUUCUUAAAUAUAUCUCAGAUGAACGUAAACUUCUCUGAAGAUUUUGACCUCAUAUCAGAAUCUGCUGUGGAUUUCAUCAAAGCUCUUCUGGUUAAAAGACCUGAGGAAAGGGCAACUGCGGAAGAAUGCUUGUUACAUUCAUGGCUAGCACAAACUGAUAUUCCUGAGACUCUGUGCUGGAGUAAGAACAUAGAAGAAGCAGCAGACGCUCUUACUGUAAACGAGGAAGAUUCCACUUCUGAACUUUCUGUAGACGGAGAAAAAACAGAAGAAUCAGUCGUGACAGAAGAGCUGAUUGUAGUGGCUUCAUAUACCCUGGGACAAUGUAGGCAAUCAGAAAAAGACAACAUUGUUGAACAAAAAGCCAUUUCCAAGAGGUUUAAGUUUGAGGAACCAUUGUUGCAAGAAUUGCCCGGAGAGUUUAUUUACUGAGUUGUGACUUGCUUCUCCCCUUGAGACUCUGAAACUAAUUUGGGAGACUGGUCCUUUGCCUCCCACAUUUUAUGUAUAGCCAUGUGCGUAUGUCCUUCUAGAUACAGGAGGAAAAUAUUAAAAGCCAACUAGAAAACUGUGCCAACCUCUUUAAUUUUAAUGGAAGUAAGUAUAUGAGAGGUAUCCUAUGGAUGUGAGAGCUUAAGGCAAUGUUUCUGAUUUUUGUUGGUAUGUUUAAAGCUUUUGUAUAGCUGCUGUUUAAUUUGUUGGUCUUCAUGAUUGCAGGCUUACUGCGUGCAUCAGAAUACCAAGAGAGACUAAUAUUUGGGCAAAACUUGCCUGUAGCUUCUUCUUCUCCCUGGAGGUGUAACUCUGAAAUGUGUGAUCUGAUUCUGCUUUCACUUGGUUGUUCAAGCCAUGUAGCACUAUUUAGACGAAAUAACGCUUGUGUGGAAACCUUUGCUGUUUUACCCUAAAUGAUUUUGCAUGGUGCUUCCUUCUUUCCUCAUUGGGUUAUGGAUUUCUUCAUGGUACAAUGAUGUUCUGCCUUAAACAGGUUCCUUCUAAAGCACUAAGCAACUGUGUGUGUAAGUCAUUGGGAGGGGGCUGUUUUAGAAUAUUUGUGUGAGGCCAGAGACAUUCACCCAGUGGCUUGAAAGGUAUCUGAAGCUCUUCCAAGCACUGUUCUCCAAAGUGGCAUACCCCCUGUGUUUCGAAAGGGCCUUUCCAACACUCACUUCUCUGCAGCUUCUACACUCAUCCCAACCUAUGAGAAGAGCAAGCUUACCACAGGGAAGAGAGAGCGAAAUCACCACCACGGCAGCCAUCCAGGAGAGGACCAAGGUGGCCACAGUGGAGUGGUGGCGGCCUUGUUCCCACUUCUUCAUGGCCAGCUUGCUUUCUUCCAGGCACCAGGGCAAUCUCACGCACUUGUGUUUCAGUUUCCAUCAUGUGAAAUCUGCUGCCUUCUGCUGCAUCCAGCUUUUCUAAUUAGUGGCCGUUACUUGUCUCUUUUUCCUCGUGGCAUUGUGCUCUUGACUUUCUCCUUCUAAACUGGCUUCUUCAUUUGUGUCUUGUUGUUGCUGUUUCUGGUGCUGGAAACUGAUUUUUUGCUUCCGUUAUGUACAUUUUCCCAGUGGUUCUCUUGCAGCAUUACCUCUUUAUAUUCUUAUAGGAAGAGUCAAACAAAUGCCUCCCCUCCCCCCACACACAAUCAAGCUAUAAAGGGCACAAAGACUGUAUAGCUUAUGGAGAUCAAAUGGAUAUUUACUGCCUUUCAGAGUGCACACUGCAACAUUCCUUUUAUUCAUAUUAGCUAUUUGUCUUUGGUUUCAGUAGAAGUUGCACUGGACUUCUAAACAAUUUAUUGUGCAGUCUAGAGAUGCGAAGGCCUAGGAAAAGGG